GAUGAACCGUAUCGCCGCGCCGCCGCCUAAUAUGAUAGUCGAGCCAACUGUUUCAGUGAAAAAGUGCACUUAAGAUAAAUUAAUGGUGGCAGUCCGGUAAUGAGGUUCGAACUAGCAACCCUCCACAACCACAGUAGCUGAAUGUGUUUCCUGUCAACAAAUGUAAUAUGCACACAAUUCAAAAUUAUGAAUAUUUUGUAAUCAGAAUAUAAACUGAUAUAACAAAAACCAAAAGCAUGGACGGUGAGCCUGAAGUGUUGUCUGAUACAGCAACCAACUGCAACCUGACGACUUCCGAUACACUGUCAGAUAGCAACCAAGCCAAACUUGACUCAUUGGAGAAGAAAGCGGUCCAUUUAAGAUUAGUUCUGGAAAAAGAUUUUAAAGCGGCUGAUAUAAAAUGGAGCCUUUUUGUAGCAGCGGCAUUCAGUUUCCGUUACGAGAGUUGCUUGAGACCAUUCCCUCCAAGCUUCAUGAAAAGUGGCAUCAAGGAUAUGGAUGAAUUACUCAGUGUGAUAACGGAUGUGCCGGCUUUGGACCUUGUAUUACAACAACUGGACAAUCUGGACAACUUGGCGAACAUCAGCGAUGUGCUUGACUUGCUGUUUUAUGUGCUUGUGAGGUUAAAAGAGCCUGCUCUGAAAACAGUGCCACAUGAAGCGCAUGAAAGAAUUUUGUCGUGUGCACGGUCCGCGCAGCCGGCACCUAGACCUCAAUAUAUUUUCCAAGUAGUCAGUUCGUUGAAAUCCAACGCUGAGGCAAAAUGGAAAGAAAUGUCAAAAAAUCAUCAUGUGUUCUACGCUUUCCAUGGAAACCGUUUAGAAAACUUUUACACAAUUCUUAAUUUUGGAUUGCAACAACAUUUGAACAAGAAUACGAUGCUUGGUAACGGGGUAUACCUGUCAUCGGAGCUGAGUGUGAGCCUUCCAUAUAGCCACGGCGGGUUCGGCUGGGGAGCGAGCGUGAUCGGCGGCCACCUGUCCUGCGUAGCCAUGUGCGAGGUGGUGGACGCACCAGAUGGCAUCAACUACCAACGACCUGUCACUAAUGAAGUGGGGGACGGGGGCGAUGAGAAGAGUAAGCUCUUUUUGGAACAAGCUGGUGAAGGUAAUAAUAAUAAUACGACAAUGGCGCAUUACCUGGUGACCAAUUGUGAUUUGGUGCGGGUGCGAUACCUGUUGGUGUACGCCAAGCAGCCUGCGUCCAUGAGAUUCCCCACUCCGAGCGUCAGCAGAAGUGCCGGCGGUCUUCGACAGUGGCUCUCCAGGCACAAAUUAUUCUCCAUCCUACUCGGCUACGGGCUGAUGUUGGCUACCAUUGGUUUCGCAAACAACCAACCCAUCCACUACUACUAUAAGAUUCUACUGAAAAAGCUCGACAUCGCGUACAGCGCCUCAAAAAUGUGAUGUGAUUUUGACAUUGUCCUUAGUCAAAUUUAAAGUGAUUCUUGAUUUUGUACUUGUCCUUUUUAGGAAAAUUAUGUGUGCUGCAUGAAAUCUGGCAUUGAUAUCAUGUUUCUUUGAAAUUGUCUGUCUGUUUUUCCUUUAAUUGUAAGUACUACGUACUUUAAUUGAUUAUUUUACACGUAGGUAGUGACCAAGUUACAUGUAGCUUAUAAUGUUGAA